CUCAUCCAUAUCUUUUUCGUUUGUUCUCUCUAGCAAUUAUAAGAAUGGAAAGUGAAAGAAUUGAUGAAUACAUAGGCAAGAAGCUAUGGAGCUUUGUGAGAAUAGCUUUCUUGAUGCUAAAGCGUGGAAAAUUGGCCAGCAAAUCCGUCAUAUCCAACUUCACCUCCGACCGCCAUCGCCACCGCCGCCGCUACGCCGCCCUCACCUGCCGUUCCAGUGACGUCCGCGACUCGUUCUUUUGCCCCGGGCAGCGCCACUACGAGUUCAGCUGCAGCAACACGCCUGCCCGCGGCCGGCCUUCCAAUCGCCGGCAAGAUCACGAUCUCGACAUUAUUGCACAGCGAGUGUUGGUGUGGGACGACGGCACCCCUCGAUCUCAAUCUCAUGACGACGGCGAGGAUGAAGAUAAGAAGUGGUGGCGCGUGCAGUACCAACACCAAGUGGACAGAGAUGCGGAGGAGUUCAUAAAGAGGUUUUACAGGGAUCUGAGGGACCAAAAGCGGGCAGCGGGAUCGCCGUCGCCGUAUCAUGCGUGGGGCAGAUGACCGAUCGAUCGAGAUGCAUGUAGCCGUGCAGACAGGGCUGGACCGGCCGGUCGAGGGUUUUUAAUUUGUAUGUGGUCCGAAACAUGAAAAUUACCGUUCAUGGGGAUGCCGGGCCGGCUGGCCGUCUAAACGGAACCGGCCAACCCAUGCACGUGACACCUGUGGGGGUUCCGUUUCUGUUUGCUAUAUAUAUAUAUAUUAUACAAUAUGUGUAUGUAUAGGUGAGUGGUAUAGUGCAGUAGUCUUUCAUCGGAAUAUAGCUUUACUUAUUACUCUCGGUCGAGCCGAGCCGAGCCCGAGCCGAGUUGAGUUUUUCUCUGUGUUGUUGGUUUUACUCAUUUGUUAAUAAUAAUAUUGA